GGACUUGUCUGCCUAGCUACAUUAAUUACUACUAGGAGUACUCUAAAACUGAAAUGGAGAGUCCUUCUCUGCUUCUUCUCACCACCUUGUUGGCCUUUGCAUUCAAGGCCUCCGUUGCUCAAUGGGCGCGUGCCUUUGCAACAUUCUACGGCGGCAGCGACGCUUCCGACACCAUGGGUGGUGCAUGCGGGUAUGGGAACUUGUACAACACAGGGUACGGGGUUAAUUCGGCUGCGUUGAGCACGGCGCUCUUCAACAACGGUGCGUCGUGCGGCAUGUGCUUCACUAUCACCUGCGACGCAAGCAAGACACAGUCAUGCCAACAGGGCACGUCCAUCACCAUCACGGCGACCAACUACUGGCCGCCCAACUACGCCCUGGCCAGCGACAACGGCGGAUGGUGCAACCCGCCGCGGCAGCACUUCGACAUGUCGCAGCCUGCAUGGGAGACCAUCGCCAUCUACCAAGCCGGUAUUGUGCCCGUCAACUACAAGAGGGUUCCGUGCCAGAGGAGUGGGGGCAUGAGGUUCACCAUCAACGGGAACGACUACUUUGAGCUUGUGACGGUGGCAAAUGUCGGCGGCAGCGGUGUGGUGUCCCAAAUGUGGAUCAAGGGGUCCAAGACCGACUGGAUGGCAAUGAGUAGGAACUGGGGCGCUAGCUGGCAGAGCAAUGCCUACCUCAAUGGCCAGAGCUUGUCCUUCAAGGUACAAACCGACGACGGUCGGGUCAUCACGGCCGACAAUGUCGCGCCGUACAGCUGGUGGUUCGGUGGCACCUACACUUCGUGGUAG